GCAGGCCCUCUGCUCCAGCCCCCAGCGCCAGGGGAUGGCAGCCUGGAGCCAUCGAGGGGACCCUGCUGUGGGCCCUGCUCCACUGCAGACCAGCAAGGAGAUCUUCCUGCUGAAACUGCAUGGCCCAUCUCCCUGAAACCUGAGUGCUUUAAGCCCCCUGAAACUGCCUGGCCCAUCCCACUGAGGCGUGGGUGCUCAAACCUGCUCAAACUGCCUGGCCUACCUGUUAGGAGCAAAUCAGAGGGGUUAAAAUCCAGCCUGGUGGACCAGCCAGGUUGAUGUGUUCCCCACUGGGACAUGAAAAAGAACAGGUGGGAUGGGCCAAAGAACAGCUGGAAAUGUUUGGGUCAUCAAUGCUGGAAGAAAAGACCUUGAGCUGACAGAAGCAGGCACAGCUCAGGGCACAGGGCCUCACCUGCACUGGGCACUCUGCCCCGAAAGGGAACCACAGUCAUGCUUGGGAGUGUGUGGCUGACAAAAGGACAAGGCACAGUGCCAGUGGUCCUGCCACCUGCACUGCACUCCCUGUGGAACAGCCCAAGGAGAGUGGCUGCAACAGUUCUCUUGACAACUGUGAUCUGGCUGGACCUUCCUAGUGCCGGCACCAGGAGAGGCCUGGGGCUCUCAACACCCUCACUCCUCCAAGAGGAGGUCCAGCUGCCACACAUAAGGACUUCCUGGGCUCUCAGGCCAGCAGGAGUGACAGAAAAAUCUCUAGGCAUCUUAAAGUGCAGACAAGCCAUUCGCAUGAUCUACCUGUAUGGAACCUCAAAAUACACAAAUAAUUGAGAUAUUCUUCCCUAUAAAGCAGAUUUGAACGUGGCACUGUGAACCCAAGCAAAGCCCACCUGACCUUCACUGUUAGUGGAGGUCACAAAUAAGCAGAGGUUACAAUCCAUCAAAACUUAACUUUGGGGGGAAAAAAAGUUGCUGACAAGGCAGCCUACCUGAUGGUUCUGUACUCAGCAGACCUGCAUUGACCCUGUGUUAUCCUUCGGUCAAAGUUGGGAAUGAAUUAGUGGCCAAACCUGUGGCUUGUUUUACGGGAAUUACAGCAAACUCCUCUAACAAGAUGUGGCUGAUAGCCCAGAGGAAGUGCUUCUCUAUCAGUGCAGCACUGUGGGCAACAGACAGAAGGAGCUGGUAGCCACUGCCCAGACAGGCACUGUGGCCUGAUUGCUAUCACAGGUACUUGUUGGGAUGGAUUGUGUGACUGACAUAUGCUGUGACUGACAGCUGUAAAAUAAUUGAAAGGGAGAGUCAAGGAAGGAGAGAUGAGGGAUUUGCCCUGAUGAGAUUCAUCCCCAGAUCCUGAGGGAACUGGCAGAUGAAGUGGUUAAGCCACCAUCCAUCACACUUGACAAGUUGUCAUUGUCUGAUGGAGUUCCACUGACAGAAAAAUCCCCAUUUUUAAAAAGGAGCAAAAGAAAGACCCAGGGAACUACAAGCUGGUCAGCUUCACCUCUCUGCAUGCCAAGAUCAUGGAGCAGAUCAUUCUGGAAAAUAUACUAUGGGUUCUUUACUGAUGUGCCUUCAGUAAAGUGCAGCCAUGACCUCUGCAGAUGCUGAGUUAGCUUGUUUUGGGGAGGCAGCUCCUUACCUCCGAAAAUCGGAAAAGGAGAGAAUUGAGGCCCAGAACAAACCUUUCGAUGCCAAGACAUCGGUCUUUGUGGUUCAUCCCAAAGAAUCCUUUGUGAAAGGCAAAAUUGAGAGCAGGGAAUCGGGCAAAGUCACUGUCAAGACUGAAGGGGGAGAGACCCUGACGGUGAAAGAAGAUCAAAUCUUCUCCAUGAACCCUCCCAAGUAUGACAAAAUCGAGGACAUGGCCAUGAUGACCCACCUGCACGAACCCGCUGUGCUGUACAACCUCAAAGAGCGUUACGCAGCCUGGAUGAUCUACACCUACUCGGGUCUCUUCUGCGUCACUGUCAACCCCUACAAGUGGCUGCCGGUGUACAACCCCGAGGUGGUGUUGGCCUACCGAGGCAAGAAGCGCCAGGAGGCCCCUCCACACAUCUUCUCCAUCUCUGACAACGCCUAUCAGUUCAUGCUGACUGAUCGGGAGAACCAGUCCAUCCUGAUCACCGGAGAAUCCGGGGCCGGGAAGACUGUGAACACCAAGCGUGUCAUCCAGUACUUUGCAACAAUUGCAGCCAGCGGAGAGAAGAAGAAGGAAGACAAAUCAUCAGGCAAAAUGCAGGGAACGCUUGAGGAUCAAAUCAUCAGCGCCAACCCCCUGCUGGAGGCCUUUGGAAACGCCAAGACCGUGAGGAAUGACAACUCCUCACGCUUUGGCAAAUUCAUCAGAAUCCACUUUGGUGCCACAGGCAAACUGGCUUCUGCUGACAUUGAAACUUAUCUGCUGGAGAAGUCCAGAGUCACUUUCCAGCUCCAGGCGGAAAGAAGCUACCACAUCUUUUAUCAGAUCAUGUCCAACAAGAAGCCAGAGCUAAUUGACAUGCUCCUCAUUACCACCAACCCCUAUGAUUUCCACUAUGUGAGUCAAGGGGAGGUCACUGUCCCCAGCAUUGAUGACCAGGAGGAGUUGAUGGCUACAGAUAGCGCCAUUGACAUCCUGGGCUUCACUGCAGAUGAGAAAACAGCCAUCUACAAGCUGACAGGGGCUGUCAUGCACUAUGGGAACCUGAAGUUCAAGCAGAAGCAACGAGAGGAGCAGGCAGAGCCUGAUGGCACUGAAGUGGCUGACAAGGCUGCCUACCUAACGGGCCUAAACUCAGCUGAAUUUCUCAAGGCCUUGUGUUACCCCCGAGUCAAGGUUGGGAAUGAAUAUGUGACCAAAGGUCAAAACGUGACACAGGUGAAUAAUGCUGUAGGUGCCCUGGCAAAGGCAAUGUUUGAGAAGAUGUUCCUGUGGAUGGUUGUUCGCAUCAACCAACAGCUGGACACGAAGCAGCCCAGGCAGUACUUCAUUGGUGUGCUGGACAUUGCUGGCUUUGAGAUCUUUGAUUUCAACAGCUUUGAGCAGCUGUGCAUCAACUUCACCAAUGAGAAACUGCAACAGUUCUUCAACCACCACAUGUUCGUGCUGGAGCAGGAGGAGUACAAGAAGGAGGGGAUUGAAUGGGAGUUCAUUGACUUUGGCAUGGACCUGGCUGCCUGCAUUGAGCUCAUUGAGAAGCCCAUGGGCAUCUUCUCCAUCCUGGAAGAGGAGUGCAUGUUCCCCAAGGCAACUGACACCUCUUUCAAGAACAAGCUCUAUGACCAGCACCUAGGCAAGUCCAACAACUUCCAGAAGCCCAAGCCUGCCAAAGGCAAGGCUGAGGCCCACUUCUCCCUGGUGCACUAUGCUGGCACAGUGGACUACAACAUCACUGGGUGGCUGGAGAAGAACAAGGACCCUCUGAAUGAAACUGUCAUUGGGCUGUACCAGAAGUCAUCUGUGAAGACCCUGGCUUUACUCUUUGCCAACUAUGGUGGAGCAGAUGCAGAUGCUGGUGGUGGUGGCAAGAAGGGAGGCAAGAAGAAGGGUUCUUCUUUCCAGACUGUCUCAGCUCUCUUCAGGGAGAAUUUAAACAAGCUGAUGACUAACUUGAGAAGCACUCACCCCCAUUUUGUACGCUGCAUCAUCCCAAAUGAAACUAAAACACCUGGUGCCAUGGAGCAUGAGCUGGUGCUGCACCAGCUGCGCUGUAACGGCGUGCUGGAAGGGAUCAGGAUCUGCAGGAAAGGCUUCCCCAGCAGAGUCCUCUAUGCUGACUUCAAACAGAGAUACAGAGUACUUAAUGCCAGUGCUAUCCCAGAGGGACAGUUCAUGGACAACAAGAAGGCUUCAGAGAAGCUUCUUGGGUCCAUUGAUGUUGACCACACCCAGUACAGAUUUGGUCACACCAAGGUGUUCUUCAAAGCUGGACUGAUAGGUGUGCUAGAGGAGAUGAGAGAUGAGAAACUGGCAGAGAUUAUGACCAUGAUACAAGCCAGGUGCAGGGGCUUCCUGAUGAGAGUGGAGUAUAAGAAAAUGGUGGAGAGGAGAGAGUCCAUCUUCUGCAUCCAGUACAACGUUCGUGCAUUCAUGAAUGUCAAACACUGGCCAUGGAUGAAGCUGUUCUUCAAGAUCAAGCCCUUGCUGAAGAGUGCAGAGUCUGAGAAAGAGAUGGCCAACAUGAAACAAGAAUUUGAGAAAACCAAGGAAGAGCUUGCAAAGUCUGAGGCAAAGAGGAAGGAGCUAGAAGAGAAAAUGGUGGCCUUGGUGCAGGAGAAAAAUGACCUGCAGCUCCAAGUGCAGGCUGAAGCAGAUAGCUUGGCUGAUGCUGAGGAAAGGUGUGACCAACUCAUCAAAAACAAAAUCCAGCUGGAAGCCAAAAUUAAGGAGCUGACUGAAAGGGCUGAAGAAGAAGAGGAAAUUAAUGCUGAGCUGACAGCCAAGAAGAGGAAAUUGGAGGAUGAAUGUUCAGAGCUGAAGAAAGAUAUUGAUGACCUUGAGCUAACACUGGCCAAGGUGGAGAAGGAAAAACACGCCACUGAAAACAAGGUGAAAAACCUGACUGAGGAGAUGGCAGCCCUGGAUGAGACCAUUGCCAAGCUGACAAAAGAGAAGAAAGCCCUCCAAGAGGCACAUCAGCAGACCCUGGAUGACCUGCAGGUAGAGGAAGACAAAGUCAAUACUCUGACCAAAGCCAAGACCAAGCUGGAACAGCAAGUGGAUGAUCUGGAAGGGUCCCUGGAGCAAGAGAAGAAACUGCGCAUGGACCUGGAGAGAGCAAAGAGGAAACUGGAAGGAGACCUGAAGCUGGCCCAGGACAGCAUCAUGGAUUUGGAGAAUGAUAAGCAGCAGCUGGAUGAGAAACUGAAGAAGAAAGACUUUGAAAUCAGCCAGAUCCAGAGCAAGAUCGAGGAUGAACAGGCUCUGGGCAUGCAGUUUCAGAAGAAAAUCAAGGAGCUGCAGGCCCGCAUUGAGGAGCUGGAGGAGGAAAUUGAGGCAGAGCGAACCUCUCGCGCUAAAGCAGAGAAGCAUCGCGCUGACCUGUCCAGGGAGCUGGAGGAGAUCAGCGAGCGCCUGGAGGAAGCAGGAGGGGCCACAGCAGCUCAGAUUGAGAUGAACAAGAAGCGUGAGGCAGAAUUCCAGAAGAUGCGCCGUGACCUGGAAGAGGCCACGCUGCAGCACGAAGCCACGGCUUCUGCCCUGCGCAAGAAGCACGCGGACAGCACAGCUGAGCUGGGCGAGCAGAUCGACAACCUGCAACGCGUGAAGCAGAAGCUGGAGAAGGAGAAAAGUGAGCUGAAGAUGGAGAUUGAUGACUUGGCCAGCAACAUGGAGUCUGUCUCUAAAGCCAAGGCCAACCUGGAGAAGAUGUGCCGCACUCUGGAAGAUCAGCUGAGUGAGCUUAAAACAAAGGAUGAGCAGAAUCAGCGCAUGAUCAAUGACCUCAAUACACAAAGAGCUCGUCUGCAGACGGAGUCAGGUGAAUUUUCCCGCCAGGUGGAGGAGAAAGAUGCUCUGAUUUCUCAGCUGUCUAGGGGCAAGCAAGGAUUUACCCAACAGAUUGAGGAACUCAAGAGGCAUCUGGAGGAGGAAAUCAAGGCCAAGAACGCCCUGGCCCACGCCCUGCAGUCCGCUCGCCACGACUGUGACUUGCUCCGGGAACAAUAUGAGGAGGAGCAGGAGGCCAAGGCAGAGCUGCAGAGAGCCAUGUCCAAGGCCAACAGCGAAGUGGCCCAGUGGAGAACCAAAUACGAGACGGACGCGAUUCAGCGCACAGAGGAGCUCGAGGAGGCCAAGAAGAAGCUGGCCCAGCGUCUGCAGGAUGCAGAGGAACAUGUUGAGGCUGUCAAUGCCAAAUGUGCCUCCCUGGAAAAGACAAAGCAGAGGCUGCAGAAUGAAGUGGAGGACCUGAUGAUUGAUGUGGAGAGAUCCAAUGCUGCUUGUGCUGCUCUGGAUAAGAAGCAGAAGAACUUUGACAAGAUCCUGGCAGAAUGGAAGCAGAAGUAUGAGGAAACACAGGCUGAGCUGGAGGCCUCGCAGAAGGAGUCGCGCUCUCUCAGCACGGAGCUGUUCAAGAUGAAGAAUGCCUAUGAGGAGUCCUUGGACCACCUGGAAACAAUGAAGCGGGAGAACAAGAACUUGCAGCAGGAGAUUUCCGACCUUACGGAGCAGAUUGCAGAGGGAGGAAAGGCAAUUCAUGAGCUGGAGAAAGUGAAGAAGCAGGUUGAGCAGGAGAAAUCUGAACUGCAAGCCUCCCUGGAGGAAGCUGAGGCCUCCCUGGAACAUGAGGAGGGAAAGAUCCUGCGCCUGCAGCUUGAGCUCAAUCAAGUGAAGUCUGAGAUUGACAGGAAGAUAGCAGAGAAAGAUGAGGAGAUUGACCAGCUGAAGAGGAACCACCUCAGAAUUGUGGACUCCAUGCAGAGCACCCUGGAUGCUGAGAUCAGGAGCAGGAAUGAAGCCCUGAGGCUGAAGAAGAAGAUGGAGGGAGACCUGAAUGAAAUGGAGAUCCAGCUGAGCCAUGCCAACCGCCAGGCUGCAGAGGCACAGAAGAACCUGAGGAAUACCCAGGCUGUGCUCAAGGACACCCAGCUGCACUUGGAUGAUGCUCUGAGGACACAGGAUGACCUGAAGGAGCAGGUGGCCAUGGUGGAGCGCAGAGCAAACCUGCUGCAGGCUGAAGUUGAGGAGCUCCGGGCAGCCCUGGAGCAGACGGAGCGGUCGAGGAAAUUGGCUGAGCAGGAGCUUCUGGAUGCCACUGAACGUGCACAGCUCCUCCACACCCAGAACACCAGCUUGAUCAACACCAAGAAGAAGCUGGAGACGGACAUUUCCCAGAUCCAGAGUGAAAUGGAGGAUACCAUCCAGGAAGCUCGCAAUGCUGAGGAGAAGGCCAAGAAGGCCAUCACUGAUGCGGCCAUGAUGGCAGAGGAGCUGAAGAAGGAGCAGGACACCAGUGCCCACCUGGAGAGGAUGAAGAAGAACCUGGACCAGACUGUGAAGGACCUGCAGCAUCGUCUGGAAGAGGCCGAGCAGCUGGCACUGAAGGGAGGGAAGAAGCAGAUCCAGAAGCUGGAGGCCAGGGUGCGGGAGCUGGAAGGGGAGGUUGAUGCUGAGCAGAAGCGCAGCGCUGAAGCCGUGAAGGGCGUGCGCAAGUACGAGCGCAGGGUGAAGGAACUCACCUACCAGUCUGAGGAAGACAGGAAGAAUGUCCUGAGGCUGCAGGAUCUGGUGGACAAGCUGCAAAUGAAAGUGAAAUCCUACAAGAGACAAGCUGAGGAGGCUGAGGAGCUGUCCAAUGUCAACCUCUCCAAGUUCCGCAAGAUCCAGCACGAGCUGGAGGAAGCCGAGGAGCGCGCUGACAUUGCAGAGUCACAGGUCAACAAGCUCCGAGCCAAGAGCCGCGACAUUCAUGGCAAGAAGAUAGAAGAGGAAGAUGAUUGAGGUGUGACUAGAAAAAUAACAUCACAUGAAGAGAAGUCAAGGACAAUAAUUCCUGACUGUGACUCCUGCAAGUUCU